AUGGAGCUCAAUCCGGAUCUCUAUACCGUGGCAUGGAUCGCCCCGCUGGAGAUAGAAGCAAAAGCAGCCUUGUUUAUGCUGGAUAACCGCCACCAAGGCCUGUUUACGUGGAGCCCUGGCCAUGACUACUUGUUCCAUGCCGGUGAUAUCGUCGGACAUAAUGUGAUCAUUGCUACUCUACCCGCUGGCCAGGAAUGCACCACUAGCUCAGCCGCGGCUCUCGCCAGCCAGAUAAAAAUUAUUUUCCUCAAUAUACGAUUUGGGCUGUUGGUUGGUGUUGCGUCCGGGAUUCCGAAUCUCUCAAAAACUCCACCGUGUGAUAUCCGUCUUGGAGAUGUUCUCGUGGCACUUCCGGACGGGGAAAGUGCUGGUAUUGUUGCAUAUCAACUAGGGAAGGAGACAAAGUAUGGAUUUCAGUUACUGCACGGGGGACAUAUGUUACCUAGGACCGAAACCAUUAUCAGGUCAGCAAUUGGGAAAAUCAAGAUCGAGGCACCGGAUGACGCGGACAUGUUCUUGCCAUUCUACAGGAGUAUGCAAGACAAAAGUCAUGAAAAUGGCAUAUUUCUCGAUCCGGGGCAAGAUCGAGACAAACUCUAUGCGAUUUACGAAGAUGGAGUCGAACGCGCUGUUAAUCGGAAACAGCGACCAGACUCGGAGCGCACACGAGUAUGGUAUGGACCUCUUGGGUCCGGGGACAAUCUAAUGGAGAAUGGCGAAAAGAGAAACGAGUUGCGAAACAAAUAUAAUAUCAUUGGUCUAGAAACGGGGGCCGCUGGCACGAUGAACCAGAUUCCAGUUGGAGUUAUUCGAGGGGUUUGUGAUUAUGGAGAUGAACGUAAAAACAAGGAAUGGCAGCCAUAUGCCUCGGCCAUGGCAGCAGCUUAUGCCAAAGCAGUUUUAUAUGAGAUAUUACCAAGAAGGGGAAUAACUCACCCUAUCUUUACGUCCAGAUCUGAUUCUGGAAUAUCUGUUUAG